AUUUGAGAAAAUAGAACAAGUGAAAUUAAAUUAUUUAAAAAAAAAUCAAGCAAAAUUGUAAAUCAUAUAGAAUUGUGAAUAUUGUCGCUAAAAAAAGGUUGAAAUAUUAUUUUAUUUUGUUUUUAUUGGUCAUCACAAAAGGUUAAAUCGAAAUGAGCAAUGAUAGAAAAUUUGGCGUGGCCAAUGGUAAUUCAAAAGUGCCAUUAAAAGAGAAUAAUGCCAAAGAAACGCCAUCACGAAAAAAUUCAAUGAAAUCAAAAAUGGCGUCCUCAUCAUUAAAGCGUCGUCAAUCAACUGAUUGUAAGACCGAAUAUGCUGUGGAAAAUGUGACACCAACAUCGUCAUGUUCACGUGAUUCGUCUCAAAGUCAAUUGUAUGGCUUGGGUGUAUACCCGAAUCCACAGAAUUUGUCAUCACACCGAAACGGUGUGCAUCGCACCGAACCGGCAUUUGCCAUUAAACAGUCCCGAAACACACGUUCCGGUACAAAAUUAAAGGAAGAACUAGCCCAAUUGGCAAAUUCAUUCAACGAAUGGGAAGAUGAAACGAUGACAAAACGUCGCUCGACUAAAACGAAUGCAAAUAAUCAAUCCACUGCCACUGUGGUUGCUGCCACAAGCAAAUCAAAUAAUGUUAAAUCGUUUAGUGGCAUUAAAUCCGUCACGAAAUCACCAAGAAAACGAAAUGAAAAAGGUAUGACCAGUUCAACUCCGAACCGUGUUGAGCUAAUUCAAACUAAAGUUUUGGAUCUUAACAAUAAUUCAAAUGGCAAGAAAUUGGAUUGCAAUAAACGUUUAGAAUAUGAUUUUGUCGAUGAAACCGAACGAGUCAACCGAAACGUUUCAAAUGCAUCUGCUAUAUAUGCUACGGUUAACAAAGUCGCCGUGCCAAAGCAAACGGUACCGGAGCCAACUAAAAAGGUUGAAGUAACCAAGGGUUUGGUAUCUAACCGUGCGGCUUUAUUUGAGACAAGUGCAUUGCGUGCCACAAACGAUGCAACAGCAAAUGAAAAGAAAAAUGAAAAGGAUCCGGCCGAAAUAUCGUUUAAAAAGCGAAUGGAAAUAUUCGAACAAAAUAAAAGUGGAGCAAUGAUUCCAAGAUCAUCAAUAUCCUUGGCAGCUCCGAUCAAACAAAUCAUGGCCCAUAAGAAGCCAACGGAAACGGUCAAACAAGCAAUUACAACACCGCAGAAACCAAUCGAUAGUGUUGCCACAUCGGUCACACCACAACCAUCACCAGCAUCAGCAUCAAAAAUAGACAACUACAAUAAAGCAAUUAAAGCAGAAACAAUCGCUUCUGGACGUGGUAUUCGACAAACAGUUGCUGCUUUAUUGGCUGCACCGGCCACCAUUUCUGAGUCUCGCAUCAUAAGCGAAACUCGUAAAAUUCGUGAACAAGAAAUGCAUGUCGUUUUAAACCGAUGCAAUGAAAGAUUCUGUGAUGAUUUACCAGCUGUGUCACAACCAAAACCAACAUCACCACCACCACCACAAAAAAUGCCAGCGCAUUCAAGUGAACCCAAAAAACGAAUAAGCGAUGAGCACCUUGGUGUUUCGGCUGAUGUUCGAAGAAGUUUGGAGAGUGUAAAACGCAUUAAAGUCAAUCCACCAAAAAAUGGUCAUGCAUAUCCAUCACUGACUGAUAUUGAAUCUUCGGGCGCCGAAAGAAUGACACCAGAAAAUUAUACACCAGAACCAGCCAUAUAUACCCAAAAAGUCAAUAUACAACCAAUCAUACAUCGCUAUAUGUACAGUUCACAAGAUGAAGGAGAUGAAGAAUGGAAUAGUUAUAUGGAUUCAGAGGAUGAUGAUAUAAGUCUUGCAUCUACUGAUUUUGAUAAUUACAUAGGUGAAGCCAUCAAUAAUUUGGACGAUGAUUUAGAUGAACACAAUUGCACUGGAAACGCGGUUCAAAAUGGUACGCUUCCAUCGAAUAGCUUCAGCUAUGUUGCCCAUAAGUCAUCAAAUCGCCAACAUUUGACAUUCAAAGAUGAAGCAACAACCAGUCACCAUGGUACAAAAUUCCAAAGUCCAAUUAAAUCCAGAUUGAUGGCGAAUCCAUCGGACGAUUAUGAUUCAUUAACGUACACCGUUGACCGAUAUCGUCGUCAACAAAUACAAAAUUCACCAAACGCCGAGAAAAUGAUGAAUCGGAUGCCAAUUCUUACGCCACCAAUGGAUGAGCACACUACAACCGAUGAUAAUACUGAUUUUUAUGAAGAAAUUGAAAAGAUUACGCAAGAAUACAUUCGAUCUCAAAAUGAUUUGGUUGAACACAAGAUCAAGUUAUUGCAGCACAAUAUUGAUAUUCAAAAUCAACAGAUUACACAAUCCAGCAACGCAUUGAACACAUGCGCAUCAAUGCUCGAAUUCUCUGGAUCAGCCGAAUCAGUUGUGGCUGAAUGGAAACUUUUGGUUGCAACCCACAGCCGAAAAGCUUUAUCCGAUGAAAUGGAACGUUUGGAAAAUGAAAGAGUUUUGCGUCUACCGAAUGCAACCAAAGAACGUUGUCGCCUAACAAUAAAAAAUAUUGUGUUGCCAUUGCGCGAUGACUAUGUGAAAAAGGUGGCAGAAGAGGAAAUUGUUGGCCAUCAUUUGGUAUGUUUAUUGAAAUAUAAUGAACAUGUUCUUGCGACAAAAACAAUUCCAACAUUACCCGGACUCAGAGCUGUUAAAUUUCCGGGUGAAUUACACUUGGACAAUGUGUAUGCCGAUUUUAAAAUUACGCUCGAAAUCUAUGGAAUGAUUGCACAAAAAGAGUGUAUACCGCAUGAGGAAAAGUAUCACAUUCACAAAGGGAAGAAAGGUGUGAUUAAGACGCCAAAAGGUAAAAAAGCUGGAUCAUGCUUAAUCAUGCCACCGAUUCAAUUGCCAGCCAACCAAAAUGCUGUUCAUGCACCAGCAUUUGCGUCCUAUGGUUUUACCACAAUCGAAUUGCGUGAAGUACAACAAAAUACAUGGAAUUUGCAGGAAACUUCACCUGAAAUUACACCAUUGUGCGGAACGGUACAAAUGAAAAUCAAUUGUGCGUUCACCGUCAAUAUCGACCACCGGGCAUUUUUAACCAUGUUCGAAGAUGUGUCCGGUUUCGGUGCAUGGCAUCGUCGUUGGUGUCGAUUGCACGGCAAUAUCUUGAGCUACUGGAAAUAUCCAGACGAUGAACGUUUAAAACCACCAAUUGGUUCUUUGGAUUUAAGCGUAUGCGAACAACAACAAAUCUCAACGGCACCGCGUGACAUGUGCGCCCGUUUAAAUACAUUCAUGAUUGAAUUGAAACGGCCACGCCGUGCCGAUGACAAAGACUCAAUGCUACUUCGAACACAAGGAAAAUACUCAUAUGUUAGCCAUUUAUUGUCAGCCGACGAUAAGAAAGAACGUGACGAAUGGUGCGAAUACUUUAACAAGACAUUGUUAUUGAUGCGAGCAUGGGGAAAUUCAUCAAAAUGACAACAUCCGUAUUGGUUUAAGAAGAAAAAAAUGGUUUUCCACAUAAUAAAGAAAAAUUCAAAAUGGUUAGAAGAAAAA